UCGGAAUUUAGAGGGACAGGAGAAGGAGAGCAGAGUAACUCUAGCAACAGAGAGGCACUUUUUUGAUUGCAUUUGCUUAAAAUCCAUUCUUUACCCCCCAACGACCGACGCCCUUGUUUUUUGCGAUUCUUUGUUUUGCUGAGGAGGGGGUCUUUUGCGAUUGGUUGUAAAUAGGAAGGCUACUAUUUGAUUUGCAUUGAUUCGAGAGCGCCGACGGUCGUGGUUUGGAAAUUCUGCGAGGCUGGGCUUGUGGCGGAUUUACGACUCAGAGGUCCCCUGCGACACACACCCUUUGUGGCUGCCCUUCUAGACUUCGCUCGCACGAACACUUCACGACGUGCAAUCCGCAAUCAUGGUGACUGCUAGUGGUGUCCCCGUGGUCUCCAAGGUCAAGGAGGCUGUCAAGGAGACGCUGCUCGGUUCGGAAGAGCCGGCGCAGCUGUCGCUGCAUACGCAGGCUACCUUUAUGAAGCACGCGCAUCACGAUGAGGCGGCGGGAGAGCUGGUGAUGACCGAGCUCGGGUUUGUGGAUGCGAUUGCGCCCGAGAAGGAGGAUUAUCACAAAAUCAAGCGUGAACAAUAUGCGAUACUCUUCCGCGUGGCGGACAGGAAAGGCACCGGCCAGAUAACGUUGCAAGACUACGGCGCGUUCGAGAACCUGCUCGCGAAGCCCGAUGCCGAGUACGACAUCGCCUUCCGCCUGUUCGACGUCGACCGCGAGGGGACGGUCAAGUACGACCAGUUCAAGAAGCUGUGCGAGCUGAACAAGGGCACCGAUAGCAUCCCCUUCGACUGGGACUGCGAGUGGGCGAAGCUAUACACGGGGGGCAAGAAGAACAGGCACGAGUUGACGUACGACCAGUUCGCGCAGAUGCUGCGCGGCCUGCAGGGUGAGAAGAUCCGCCAGGCGUUCCACCUCUUCGAUAAGGACGGGGAUGGGUUCAUUGAGCCUGAGGACUUCCAGCGCAUCAUUGUUGGGACGGCGAAGCACAAGUUGUCGGACCACCUCCUCGACAACCUGCGCACGCUGUGUAAUAUCUCCGCGGGGAGCAAGAUCUCGUACGCCAACGUCCGCGCGUUCCAGAAUAUGAUCAGGGAGAUGGAUUUGGUGGAGCUGAUUAUCAGGCAUGCGGCGGAUAGGAGUCCGGAUGGGAAGAUUACGCGCACGGAUUUCUUGAAUGAGGCGGCGAGGAUCACCAGGUUCUCCCUCUUCACGCCGAUGGAGGCGGAUAUCCUGUUCCACUUCGCGGGUCUCGACGAGCCGUCGGGCAGACUCGGAUUGUCUGAUUUCGCAAAGGUGCUUGAUCCUUCGUGGCGCAGUCCGCUCGUCGGUGCUGUUAGCGAUAUGGCUGCCAGGAACGCGGCGGCUGUCAAGACGACCUCGCAGAAGGUGAUUCACCAGAUCCUGGAAUCCGUGCAUCACUUCGGCCUGGGCUCUCUUGCGGGUGCCUUUGGUGCGUUCAUGGUGUACCCGAUUGAUCUGGUCAAGACGCGUAUGCAGAACCAGCGUAGCUCGAGGGUUGGACAGGCGCUGUACAAGAAUUCCCUCGACUGCGCGAAGAAGGUUAUUAGGAACGAGGGCUUCAAGGGCCUGUACUCGGGUGUUAUUCCGCAGCUGAUUGGGGUGGCGCCGGAGAAGGCUAUUAAGCUUACGGUUAACGAUUUGGUGCGCACGCACUUCUCGAAGGAUGGGAAGAUUAGACUCCCGCAUGAGAUUCUGGCGGGUGCUAGUGCCGGAGCGUGUCAAGUUGUCUUCACCAACCCCCUUGAGAUCGUCAAGAUCCGUCUCCAAGUCCAGGGAGAAGCAGCAAAAUCCCUCGAGGGCGUCCCCCGUCGCUCCGCGAUGUGGAUCGUCAAGAACCUCGGUCUAAUGGGCCUCUACAAGGGCGCCACCGCCUGUCUCCUCCGCGACGUUCCCUUCUCCGCCAUCUACUUCCCCACCUACAACCACCUCAAGCGCGACUACUUCGGCGAGUCCGCCACCAAGAAACUCGGCGUCCUCCAACUCCUCACCGCCGGCGCCAUCGCCGGCAUGCCCGCCGCCUACCUCACCACCCCCUGCGACGUCAUCAAGACCCGCCUCCAAGUCGAGGCCCGCAAGGGCGACACAGCCUACACCUCGCUCACCCACUGCGCGAAGACGGUGUACAAGGAAGAGGGCUUCAAGGCGUUCUUCAAGGGCGGCCCCGCGCGUAUCAUGCGCUCGUCUCCGCAGUUCGGGUUUACCCUCGCUAUGUACGAGGUUCUGCAGAACCUCCUCCCGAUGCCGGGCAGCGAGCAGGAUCACGCGCCGCAUAUGGGUGUGACGAGUGCGGCGGCGGGGGGGUUGAGGGAGGCGCAGGGCCCGUUGACGUUCUUGAGGAGCAAGAAUGCGUUGAAGGUCAUUUUGGAUGUGGAUGAGGAUUUUGGGCGCGUGAGGACGCCGGAUGAGAAGGGGUGGAGGGCGAUUCCGAGGAUAGUGGGGGGGAAGGCGUGA